UCCCUCUCCUAAACUUAACCGAAUUUCCAAAGUUGUCCUCCAAUGUUUCUCAAAACUACCAUAUUCUCCCUCCAUUUUUGUCCCCUCAGAUUCCUUUAUUAGUCAAAGAUCCUCUACACUUUGAUCAACCAAAAAACACAACAAUUUCCCCCCUAAUGCGAUGCUGAAAUAGAAACAAACAAUAAGAAGAAGAAGUAGAUUCCAUUGUUGAUGGAUUUAACUGAGGGAGUCGGAGAGAGUUCAUCGCCGCCGAGAAGCUUCGGUAGCUUUAAUAACCACGAUGUCAGAAACGACGUUUUCAAUCGCUUGCUUGAAGCCGGCCAUGAAGAAGUUAUUUCUAACCCCGACUUUCGCGACCGCUUGGAUUCCCACUUCAAUCGCUUGCCUGCCAGUUAUGGACUUGAUGUUAAUAUGGAGAGAGUGGAAGAUGUUUUGUUACAUCAGAAGCUACUUGCAGCUGCGAAGGAUCCGGAGAAUAGGCCGGUUUAUCACAUCCGCUUCUUGGAGAACCUUUGCAGCAGAGGAGAUGCUAAUGAUGAUCAGCAAUGUAUAAAUUCUUCGCCUGCCCAAAGGCCUUUUGAUGAUUCAGAUGGUGAAAAGGUUGUACCGUUGCAUAAAAGAAGCAGGGAUCAUCCUGUUGAUUUUGAACCUUGCUCUAAGCUUGAGGACUUAAAUUUGGAUGUCAGAAAGAAUUCCAAGUGUGCAGAGGAUGGAUAUACCACUGAGAAAUUUUCAAAAAGGCAAGAGAUUGUACACAUUCCAAUUCAUGAAGUGAUAUUUUCUACCACUGAUAGGCCAAAGCUGCUUAGUCAGCUUUCUGCAUUGCUUUCAGAUAUAGGGCUUAAUAUCCGUGAAGCACAUGUGUUCUCAACGACCGAUGGCUACUCUUUGGAUGUGUUUGUGGUGGAUGGAUGGCCUGAUGAGGAUACAGAUGGGUUAUAUAAAGCUAUGGAAGAAGCUGUUUCUAGAAGCAAGGGGUCGUUGUCUGGAUCUUUGCAUUCUCAUUCAGCUAUAGGUGAUGCAUUAACAGCACAAGAAAAAUCUGGAAAUUGGGAGAUAGAUAGAAGGCUUCUGAAGAUAGGAGAAAGAAUUUCUUCUGGAUCUUGUGGAGACCUGUAUCAUGGUAUCUACCUUGGGCAAGAUGUUGCUGUCAAAAUUCUUAGGUCUGAGCAUUUGAAUGAUGCUAUGGAAGAUGAGUUUACUCAAGAAGUGACAGUUCUAAGAGAGGUCCAACAUAAAAAUGUUGUUCGUUUCAUUGGUGCAUGUACAAAAUCUCCACAUUUGUACAUAGUAACAGAAUAUAUGCCUGGGGGAAGCCUGUAUGACUAUUUGCAUAAGAAUCAUAAUGUGUUGAAGCUCGCUCAGCUGCUGAAGUUUGCAGUUGAUGUCUGCAAAGGCAUGGAAUAUUUGCAUCAAGAGCACAUAAUUCAUCGGGACCUGAAGACAGCAAAUUUGCUGAUGGAUACAGACAAUGUUGUUAAGGUGGCAGAUUUUGGUGUGGCUCGGUUCCAGAACCAAGGAGGAGUAAUGACAGCUGAGACAGGGACAUAUAGAUGGAUGGCACCUGAGGUUAUAAACCACCAGCCAUAUGAUCAGAAAGCAGAUGUGUUCAGUUUUGCUAUUGUACUCUGGGAGCUAGUGACUGGCAAGGUUCCAUAUGAUACCAUGACUCCAUUGCAAGCUGCCUUGGGAGUGAGACAGGGACUGCGUCCAGAUCUUCCCGAGAAUGCGCAUCCAAAACUCUUGGAGUUGAUGCAGAGAUGUUGGGAAGCGGCUCCCGACCAGCGGCCUUCCUUCUCUGAGAUAACAGCUCAGCUCGAGACACUUUUUGAAGAAGUUAAGGAAAACGUGGAAGAAGUGAAUGGGAACAAAAGAUUUUUUGUAUCCAAGGAGAGGCUGCCUAAUUGACAUGACACAUUUUGAAGAUUUCUUUGUCAGAUGGUUAUAGAGGUCUUACAAAAUUGAGGGAAAAAGAGUUUUAGUAAGACUAUGCUGUAUACUUACUACACGAAAUAGACAGAAAAUGGUGAUUCGUGAUUUUGUCUUUUUUUUGCUAAUGAAACUUUCUUACUUGCGGACGGUGUAAAAAGGAAAAUGGCUGGAGCAAUUUGAUAUUCAUACGAAAUUUCCUAGGCA